AUGAAGAUCAAGCGGCAGAAGCACGCCAAGAAGCACGUGGGCUUCUACAAGCACAGCUUCGGCUUCCGGGAGCCCUUCCAGGUGCUGCUGGACGGGACCUUCUGCCAAGCGGCGCUGCGCAACAAGAUCCAGAUCCGGGAGCAGCUGCCCGGGUACCUGGCCGGCGCCGCGCAGCUCUGCACCACCCGGUGCGUUCUCAAAGAAUUGGAGUCCUUAGGAAAGGAAUUGUAUGGUGCCAAGCUAAUUGCCCAGAGAUGCCAGGUGCGCCACUGCUCUCACUUCAAAGAGCCAGUGAACGGUUCAGCGUGCCUGUUGUCCAUGGUUGAGGGUGGCAACCCACACCAUUACUUCGUUGCUACACAGGACCAGGUUCUGGGAACCAAGGUGAAGAAAAGGGCCGGCAUUCCUCUUCUCUUCAUCAUCCAAAACACCAUGGUGCUGGACAAACCUUCUGCCAAAUCUCUGGCAUCGGCGCAAGCAAUGCAGACCAAUCAACUGAUCCCAGAGCAUCAGAAACAGAGCAUUGUAGAACUCAAAGAAGAGCAAGGCCUGGGGAAGGCCUCAGAGCCCCGGAAAAGGAAACGGAAAAGAGCCGGUGGCCCCAACCCUCUCAGUUGUCUGAAGAAAAAGAAGAAAACACAAGAGACCCCGCAGCCUUCAGCACCGAAGAAGAGGAAUCGGAAACGCAGCAAAAGGAAGUUGGGAACUCCAGCUGAUGCUGUGCCGUCAGGAUAA